AUGCCACCUGAAUUUUCCUUGCUCGCUGAAUUCUUUCUUAUUUACGGAGACGGGAUCGUCGAACGGCCGUGGCUGGGUAGAAUCCAUACCAUCAACUUUGUCUACUCGACUUUUUUAUCCAAACAUGGCCAGAAGUGGAACGAAGACCUUGAUGUGUUUUACGACCUCCUUCAGAGAUUUAAUUAUAUUAGCAACGACGCACUUGAGUUCAGGACAACCUUCGAGAGGCCUGGGGUAGAGCUUGUUUUCGUGAACAGGUUGAAGGUGGAGUUGAUGAAGAAGCUUCCGUCCAUGGGAGUGUUCACUGCUCCCGUGCCAUUCACAAUCAAAGGCUUUGAGCCGGAUUGGAGGGCAAGCUUGAAUGACUUAUUGGCGCCGAAAGCAAAGUCUGAUUGGGCAUUGCUGCUUAUUGAUGACGACGCCCAAGCCAUCUGGGACUUGUUGGAGCAACCUACGGCCACGGAGGUGCUUGCUGCUGAGAGGGCAAAAUUGAUAACUGUGAAAAAGGCAUUUUACCAUGCGUGUGAUGACACCACACAUAACCAGGUGCUUGCAAAGCUCUGUUUUAACUCGAGAUCCUUGGGCCACAACUUCCUGGAGUUGCCUACCAACGCCAAGGUGAGGAAGAUCAUCAACGCAAACAGAACACAACUCCCUAAAGGCGUCUUCAACUGCCAGAAACAUAAAGUUCACUACUUGCCCUUGAUUACCAACUCUACUGAUGUGAACUUAGGCAACUGUUCCUACUUGGACACAUGCCACAAGCUUAGAAGUUGCAGAUAUGUUCAUUUUUACACGUUGAACCCUCUGCAACAGGAAGAAGAUCAUCUUCCAAAUCCAGAUUCCGAACUUGCUAUUGAUUAUACCAUUGGAGUGCCUGGCAUAGUCAUGCCCGUGUUGCCACCACAAUGGAUCUGCUGUGACGUACGCAAGCUUCCUUUCUCGGUGCUAGGCAAAUUCGCUGCCAUCAUCUCCGACCCGGCGUGGGACAUCCACACGUCACUCCCUUAUGCAACUUGCAAGGAUGCAGAGCUCUUAUCGUUGCCGAUGAAUGAGCUUCAAGAUGAAGGCGUCUUGUUUCUUUGGGUAACUGGUCGCUCUAUUGAAAUUGGCCGUAAGGCUCUUGCGCAAUGGGGGUACACUAUUUCGGAUGAGAUGAUCUGGAUUAAGCUCAACCAAUUGAGAAGAACCAUCGUCACCGGCAGAACCGGGCACUGGAUUAACCAUUCAAAGGAAAACCUCAUUGUGGGAAUAAAGGGAAAUCCAUUUUGGCUCAACAGGAAGGUCGAUCUUGACUACAUCGUGAGUGGAACUAGAGAAACUUCAAGAAAGCCUGAUGAGCUUUACGAUAUCGUCGAGAGGCUCGUGGGAAAGCACGCUAGAAAAUUGGAGAUAUUUGGUCGUGACCAUAACAUCCGUGACGGGUGGUUUACUAUUGGCAAUCAGUUAACGGGAACUUCAAUUUACGAAGAAGAAGUAUUGAAGAAGUACAACCAGCAUUUGAAGCACGCUGACGCUGAUACUGGUGGUGGUGGUGGUGCUGCUGGUGCUGCUGCUUCUGCUCUGCUGAGACUAACUUAG